AUGAAAGAGGAAAAGAUUAGUGAUCAAUCCAAAUUGAAAAAGUGUAAACAAGAUAGGCAAAUCAAAAUCAUGGGCGAUCUGGCACUCAUGAUCAAUAAAGUAAUAUCAAUAAGAUAAAGAACUGUGAUUUAGCAAUGUCAAUUUGCAAUAAUGAGAACAUCAAUGAAAUAUACAAUUUAUAGGAUAGUUGUUUGUUAAACAUUUAAAUUGUAAAGAAAGAUUUCUUAAUAAGUUUAGAAUUAUAAUCUUAGAUUUUAAUAGAUGGACAAUUUAAUUAAAUUCUUAAUGAAGAUUGUGAGUCUUAUGCUUCAACUUUGAAGCUUAGAAAAUUGCCAUUAAAUUAAUUAACCAAUCCAGAUCUAAAGGUGAUUUGGAAAAACUUAUUUCAUGGAACCAUUGGUAUUUUGAAUCCAUUUUAACAUCUCAGUUUGGAAUAUAUCUUCAAACUUUGUUGCAAUGAUUUUAUUGAUAUUGAAUGUAAAGAAUCUAACAGAAAUAUAUAUCUGCAAAUUAAUCUUACAUGA